UUUGCUAUUUCUGAGAGACCUUAGACAUAGUAACUUGGAACACUAAUUUAUCAAAUUUACAUUUGUCUUGUCAAACUAAAAAUAACAAAUUUCCAAGAUGAAAGAUGAAACAGGAGACCCUCUCUGCUGUUGUGAAUUUAUCAACGGAAACGGAGAAAGAAGCCAUUUACUGGCUGUGUGUUGUGAUUGCGAGGAUUUGGACGAGUCUUGCGACAGGUUUUUCACAGGAAGGGAUGUUGGCAGAGACAGGGUAGCAGCCGUCAAAGAAACCAUCCUUGACCGUGUACGGAUCCCAACAUUCCUUGGCCAGGGCGCAAGACGUAUUGAUGAACUUGUCGACACAACGGCACUCCCACCUCUCUUCGUGAUACCCUUCUGGCUCUACAUAGCCUCUUUUCAUGUCCUCCUCACCGCCUUCUCGUUCAUCAUCCCACUGGGUGCAGUAGUCUACUACCUCCGUGUUCUCAAGCAUAAACGGAGGACACAGUUCUUCAUGAGUGUAACGUUAGUUUCCAUAUUCUCCAUGUACUACGUCUUCUCCCUGUAUGCUGUCCCCAUUGGUGAUGUCUCGGCUGUGGAGCAUGCCGCUAUUUCCAUCAACUUGCUGCUUUUUUUCGGAGCGUUCGCGAUGACAAAACGUGCAGCAGGGUUUGUAGAUUGCAAUCCGACUUCAUCAGAAUCAUCAACAAGACCAAGAGACGGGUCUGAGAGUGGAGGUCAAAGAUUUGCUGACAUCACACAUCUUCACAAGAGGAACAAUGGUUCCUCCAAUUCACUUUAUGAAUCAGAGGAGUCUGAUUCAAGUCUUGAAAGAGGCCCUUUGAUUGGACAGAGUCAGGAGAAUGAGCAGCAAAGGACCAAUGAAACGGAGGGAUCUAUACCCACUGAUUGGUGUAAUGCUUGUCAGAUGGUAAAGCCAGCUAGGGCGGGGCAUUGUAGGAUUUGUGAUCGCUGUGUGCAUCGGUUGGACCAUCACUGUGUUUGGCUCGACUGCUGCAUUGGUAGAGACAACCACCGGUCCUUCAUCGUUGCCCUUCUCCUUUUCUUUGUUGGGGUUGCUGGGGUGCAGGUAGAGGAACAUACACUCUCCUUGUAGCCACACAGUAUGAAGAGAGUUUCUGGACAGCGCUAGAGUAUGUCUUUCUUGCAAAAGGGCUUUCCAUCAUCUUUGUAUCCAUCCUGUAUGCCCUGCUGGUGUGUCCUGCCGUCCUAGCGCUCCUCCUCCAGCAGUUCCACCUCAUCACACACAACUGGACCUACAGGGAGAGGAGGCUUGUCACCAGGCAGCCCGGCGGUAGAGAGCGCCUCAUGAUGCUGGAUAAGGGCGCUGUGACAAACUGGGUCAACUUUAUCACUAACUGUGGAGACUUGGAUGAGACUGGAGACGGCAGCUCCACAGUUGUUUGAUGGAGUUGUUGCUAGGCAACCAGGGAGUGCACCAUGGGUGUGGACAGAGGCUGUGCAACUAUUAACUCAUUGAGCCUCAUCACAAACAAGGUUUAAAUUUAACCCAUGGUUUAAACCCUCAUUUACAUAACCCAUGGUUUAAAAUUAGCGCAAAUUAAGCGUACCUUGCCUUGCGCGCGUCUGAUAUUGGACCUCUGACUGUGCCGAGCUUAAUUUGCACUAAUUUUACACUAUGGGUUAUGUGAAUGAGGGUUUUAACCAUGGGCUAAAUUUAAACCUCCUUUGUGAAUUUGGGCCAAUAAGCUUCAUCACAAAUUAAGCAAUCUGGAGAGUGCAAAUGGGACUAUGAGAGGGGGGG